AUGGUAUCUUGUGGAAGUGGAGGUUAUCUUCUUUAUGAAAUCAUAAAAUAUUCUGCAACAGUUCCUUACUUUUUAGAAUGUAAAGAAUAUGGAAAAGCUGUUUAUGUAAAAACUAUCGGUUUAGAUGAUAAAGAACAUGAAAUUUCCGAAUGCGGAAUAACUUCGGUUCCUUUAAUAGUUGGUGGAGAAGAAGCGAAAGAAAAGGAAUUUCCUCACAUGGCAUUAAUUGGCUUUGGAUUAAAACCGGAUGAGGAUAUUAAUUGGAACUGUGGGGGAUCUCUUAUUAGCGAAAAUUUCGUUUUAACAGCUGCGCAUUGUUUAUCAAGCCAAGAAUACGGUGAAGCUCAAAAAGUUCGAUUUGGAAUAUUAAAAUCGAACGAAAUCGAUGAUGAAACAUUCCAAGAAUUUAAAAUAAUCGAAAGAAUAAAGCACGCAAAUUACACGCGACCAGCAAAAUACAACGAUAUAGCUUUAUUAAAAUUAGAUGGAAAUGUUAAUUUUACACCAUACGUUAGACCAGCUUGUAUAAAUAUUGAUUUUAAUAUAAAAUCAAUUAAUACAGCUACAGCAAUUGGAUUCGGAAAAUUAACUUAUAGCAGUUCAAAAGGAAGCAAUUAUUUAAUGAAAGUUGAUUUACCAAUUAUCAAUGAAAUUAAAUGCAAAGAAUAUUUUCCUUCCGAUAGAAACAUGCCAAAAGGAGUUAUUAAGGAGACUUUAUGUGCUGGGGAAAUGAAGGGAGGGAAAGAUACGUGUCAAGGAGAUUCUGGGGGAUCUUUAAAUACCGUUUUAGAAGAACCAUACUGUAUGUAUAGCAUUUUGGGUGUGGUUUCUUUUGGGAGAUUUUGUGGAUAUGCUAAUUCACCAUCAAUUUAUUCGAAUGUUGUUCAUUACGUUCCAUGGAUUGAAAAUAUCGUUUGGGGAGAUAAAUAAAAUAAAUCUAACCUUUUUAUUUAAAAAUAAAAAUUAGUUAGUUUAAAUUUAGCAACGCAUAAUCGAUUGACGUCAAUCAAAC